UAUACUGUUAUAUUUGUAUUCAUAUUGGUUGCCGGUUUAUCUGGAUUAACAUGGGUGUUUGCUCCUAAACAAAAUCAAACCGUUUGGAGAUCAUCAGUUAUAUUAGGUUUAGCCAUGUGCUAUUUGAUGUGGGCUAUUACUUAUUUAGCGCAAUGGCAUCCCUUAGAAGCUCCUAGAAGAUCAGAUUUAAGACCUGAAGCAGCUAAAUUGUUAUAA